CCACAUCUUCCGAAAUUUGUGAAUCAACUUCUCAAUUCCACACACACACACACACUCUCUCUCUCUUCUUUUUUGUUAGCCUAGUCAUCCAAAUUAAGGACAAAGCUAACAAGCAAAGAUGGAAGAACAACCUCAGCACUACACAAGCUGCUGCUCAUUGACGGUGAACAAUAUUAGCAGUCCAUGUAUGAUGCCGUGCUUAACGCAACAAUGGGGAGAUUUACCCUUCCAAGUCGACAAUUCCGAGGACAUGAUCGUCUACAACUCCGUUCAUGAUGCUCUUAGCCUCGGAUGGUCUCCCGACCACACUUUACCCUUCCAAGUCGACGAUUGGGAUGACAUGAUCGACUACAACUCCCUUCACGACGCUCUUAGCCCCGGAUGGUCUCCCGACCACUCCUGGGAAUGUGUCAAACCCGAACAGACGUAUGAUCUUGAUCAUCUUUUUGGUCAAAGUCAUGAUCAGCUGCCACCUGAUGUUUCCACUCAAUCUCAACCCCACGAUUUUAAUGUUCCCAUUAAUGGAAACGAACCCUCACCAACCCUAGUCCUCCCACCUGAUACUGAUAUUCCUCCGUUGGAUCAUGACGAUCGUGAUCAAAAUCAAGUACAAGUAGGAGAUGCAGUAGCUGAACAAGAUGGAGUGAAUGUGAAUAUCCCGAAAUUACAAAAGUCGGGGGUGGCGAGAGGGAAGCAUUUUCGAGGCGUGAGGCAGAGGCCGUGGGGAAAAUUCGCGGCGGAGAUACGAGACCCGGCCAAGAAUGGGGCCAGAGUGUGGCUUGGUACCUACGAGACUUCGGAGGAAGCUGCUUUGGCUUACGACCGUGCCGCCUUUCGCAUUCGUGGCUCCAAGGCUUUGCUCAAUUUCCCUCACCGGAUUGGGUUGAAUGAGCCUCCGCCUGUUCGAGUCACCGGCAAACGAAAAGAGCCAGAGCAAGAGGCCGCCGCCAGCAGUAGUACUUCUUCUUCUUCUUCAGCAACGCCAACGGCGGCCACCAAGAGGACCAAAUUAGACAAGUCAGUCUCCUCGUCGGCUGAUCAUGAUCAUCAAGCAAAUGUGCGUCAUAAAAGGCAAAAGAACAAUACCUCGUAUCUGCUACCACUUGGCGAGCAACUAUUGGUUAGCUGAUCACCAUCUAUGACCUUAAAAUAAUGUACUAUGGGUGGUUAAUGUGGACCUGCAAUUGUUAUUACAAAAUGAUCGAUUGAUCGGUAAUUGCAACUGCAAACCACCAACAAAUGAGUUUGUUUAUUCAGUUAAUUUGUUUAGUGCGAAUGUGUGGGUUUGGUCAUUGAAAUUGUAAUGCAAUGGCUAAUGUAGAACAAAUGACUGAAACAGUCGAAGAACAAUUGAGCAGACGUAAAAUUAGUAACAACGCACAAACAUUGUGAGUAGGCAUGUGAAACAUAAAAAUAAUAGUUGAUGAGGAGUCUUUAAUAUUUUUGUGUUCA